GUCUCGUACGAUGUUUAUGGAAAGAGCCACCCCUUUAUAAUUAUUUUAGUGCUGCUGCCAUUUCUUUGCCCCAAUCCCGCGUGCAGUUGUUUGCUUCUCUUCUUUCCCUCCAUCAACCCUUCUCUUCGCGCUCAACCGCAUCUUCAAUUGUACCUUUUGUAGUGUCUUUCUCUUCUUCUACAAAUACCCCUUUUCUUUCGACACAAUGGCUCCUCACUCGCUCGAGCAAGAAGACCACAACCGUGAUGCUGCCUUCAACAAGGUCAUGCACGGUAGCUCCGCCCAGAAGAGAGGUGGUUUCGCCGCCAUGUUGGGCAAGGGCGCAGAUGGCCAAAAGGCCGCUGUCGACGAGUACUUCAAGCACUGGGACAACAAGGACGCAAAGGACGAGACUCCCGAGAUCAGAGAGGCCAGAAGAGCCGAGUACGCAACCCUCACCCGCCACUACUACAACCUGGCUACCGACCUUUACGAGUACGGUUGGGGCCAGUCCUUCCACUUCUGCCGUUUCGCAUUCGGCGAGCCUUUCAGACAAGCUCUCGCCCGUCACGAACACUACCUCGCCCACGUCAUGAACCUCAAGGACAACAUGAAGGUUUUGGAUGUUGGUUGUGGUGUUGGUGGCCCUGCCAGGGAGAUUGUCAAGUUCUCUGGCGCAAAUGUUACUGGUCUCAACAACAACGACUACCAGAUUGAGAGAGCCACCCACUACGCUGCUAAGGAGGGUCUUUCGCACAAGCUCGACUUUGUCAAGGGUGACUUCAUGCAAAUGGCCUUCCCCGAGAACACUUUCGAUGCCGUCUACGCCAUUGAGGCUACCGUCCACGCUCCUUCCCUCGAGGGCAUUUACUCCCAAAUUUUCCGCGUCUUGAAGCCCGGCGGUGUCUUCGGCGUUUACGAAUGGCUCAUGACUGAUGCUUACGACAACGACAACCCCCACCACCGUGAGAUCCGUCUCGGUAUCGAGGUCGGUGAUGGUAUUUCCAACAUGGAGAAGAUUGAGGUUGCUCUUGCUGCCAUGAAGGCUGCCGGUUUCGAGCUUGAGAUCAACGAGGAUCUUGCAGACCGUGACGACCCCUACCCCUGGUACUGGCCUCUUUCCGGUCAGCUCAAGUACAUGAGCAGCAUCUGGGACUUCCCCACUCUUGCUCGUAUGACCAAGGCUGGUCGCUGGACCGCACACAACUUUGUCGGAGCUCUCGAGAGAUUUGGCCUUGCCCCCAAGGGUACCCAGAAGACCGCCGACUCUCUGGCUGUCGCUGCCGACGCUCUUGUCGCUGGUGGUAGAGAGAAGCUCUUCACCCCCAUGUACCUCAUGGUUGGCCGCAAGCCCAUGAACGCCUAAACGACGGAUUGUUUUUUUCUUUCUUGUUUCUUUUUUCCCCCCUAACUUCUUUUUGAAUACCACUUACUAGAGAACCCCACAUGUUUUAUUAAUCCGGCUUUGGAAGGGAAAAC